AUGGUGAGGGCCAGGCACACGGAGAGCUGUAUGAAAGUUCUCUUUGGAACCUUCAACAAUGGCCUGGCCCCGGGCUCCGACACGGACGACGAGGACAAGCUGCACAUCGUGGAGGAGGCGGACGGAGCCGAGUGCGACGGGACUCUGCCGGACGAGGAGCACCCCAGGGAUCACCACUGGGACCGCGUGAGAGAGGAGGCGCUGUCGGAGCUCUCAGACGACCGCAGCACAGACGCUCUGGUGGAGGAGAUCCUGCAGCAGGGGGACACGGCCGUCAUCUACCCAGAGGCUCCCGAGGACGAGCCGGCCAGACCCGAGACCCCUGAGACCGCGGGGCCCGACGAGAACGGGACCCCAGACUCCUUCUCGCAGCUGCUGACCUGCCCCUUCUGCUCGCGGGGGUACAAGAGGUACAGCUCCCUCAAGGAACACAUCAAGUACCGGCACGAGAAGAGCGACGACAGCUACAACUGCCCCGAGUGCAGCUACAGCUUCAGCCACCGCGCGCAGCUGGAGAGGCACAUGAGCGCGCACAAGGCCCCGCGGGACCAGAGGCACAUCACGCAGUCGACAGGAAACCGCAAAUUCAAGUGCACAGAGUGUGGCAAGGCCUUCAAGUACAAGCACCACCUGAAGGAGCACCUCCGCAUCCACAGCGGUGAAAAACCCUACGAAUGCUCCAACUGUAAGAAGCGCUUCUCCCACUCGGGCUCGUACAGCUCCCACAUCAGCAGUAAGAAGUGCAUCAGUGUGGUGUCUGUGAACGGCCGGCCGCGCCCCGUCCCCAAAGCCCUGGGGCCCCCCACACCCCCCUCACGGCUGGAGCACAAGCCGCUCCAGGAGCAGCUGCCCCUCACUCAGAUCAAGGCUGAGCCUGUGGACUACGAGUACAAGGCCUCAGUGACGGCUCCCUCUGCUGGGCUGUUCCAGGGCGGCGCGGCCCCGCUCCAUGGGGCCCCUCUGCAGGGCACAGUGCAGGCCCUGGUGCUGCCCACAGUGGGGCUGGUGUCCCCCAUCAGCAUCAACAUCGCAGACCUGCACAACGCUCUCAAAGUGGCUGUGGACGGGAACGUGAUCCGGCAGGUUCUGGAGGGUAAAGGCCAGACCCCCGGGACCCCCCAGCAGCAGCAGAUCAUCUCUGCCAUCAGCCUCCCCAUCCUGGGGCAGGACGGCAACACCAAGAUCAUCAUCAACUACAGCCUGGACCCGAGCCAAGCACAGUCCCCACAGAAGCUGAAGAAGGAGGUGGUGUGUGCGGGGGAGAAGCUGCCGGAGGACCUGACUGUGAAGGGGGUGAAGGUGAAGCAGGAGGAGGAGGAGAGCUGCUCCCUGUGCGACCACUGCCCGGCCGGUCUGGAGGCCCUGCACGCCCUCAAACACGCCCAGGGGCCCAAGUGUGAGGGCUCCGCGUGCUCCCAGCCCAAACACCUGCUGUCUCUGCUCAAGGCCUACCACCCCCUGAGCCCCGAGGCCACGCAGGAGCAGCCCAAGAUGUGCACCGCCAGCCUGCCUGAGCACCUGGAUCAGGACAGUGCGGUGUCCCUGGUCCCGGGGAAAGACACGUCCGCCAUGAGCCCCUCUGUGAACCGGGACAGUCCCACCGAGGCCACCCCAGCUGAGGCCCUCCACAGCUGCCCCGCCUCGCCCUCUCAGGCCCCGGACACGCCCCUGGACCUGUCCCUGCCCAAGUCCAUGGCAGAGAAGGAGCCGGGCUCGUCCUGCUCCAGCGUGGCAGACCAGCCUCUCAAUCUGACGUGCCUGAAGAGGGAAGGGGUGUACUCCGGCCAGGCCAGCCCCGUAUCCCUGCAUCUGCCCGCCCUGGUGGCCCUGGCGGAGCAGGGCGGCGGGGGCAAAAGGACCAUCCUCAUCCCGCAGCUUGCCUACUCCUACACCCCCGCAGCCACCAGCCCCGCCGGCACCGAGACGCAGGAGGCCGCCAUCCAGCUCAACGGCAUCAAGGAGGAGCGAGCGGACUCUGAGAGCCUCUCCGCUGCAGACGAGCCCGACUCGGACUGUGGACCGACCCGGAAGAAGAUGAAGAAGACGGAGAGCGGCCUCUACGCCUGCGACCUGUGCGACAAGAUCUUCCAGAAAAGCAGCUCUCUCCUGCGGCACAAAUACGAGCACACAGGGAAGCGGCCUCACGAGUGCGGCAUCUGCGCCAAGGCCUUCAAACACAAACACCACCUGAUCGAGCACAUGCGCCUGCACUCGGGAGAGAAGCCGUACCAGUGCGACAAGUGCGGCAAGCGCUUCUCCCACUCAGGCUCCUACUCUCAGCACAUGAACCACCGCUACUCCUACUGCAAGAGGGACCCGGCCCAGCAGCUGCAGCAGGAGCACAGCCUCAAAGACCUGGCCCCCGUGACCGACGAGGAUGAGCGAGCGACGCUACUGCUCGCUCCCCUGCAGCGUACGCCCUACCAGACAGAUUCAGACGAAAGAGCAAGCAGGGAUAGUGAAGAGGACGACGAAAUGGACGAAGAUGGAGCUGCCGGGAUCGAAGAUAUCCGGGUGGUGCAAGUGGAGGACGAUGACGAGAUGGAAGAAGAUACGAGGCAAAACGAGCCAGGAGAGGACACUAGGCAAGAUGAGGUUUCUGAGGAGAUACUGGAGACGUCUAGAGAGCCAUCUGAAGAGGGGUCCAAGGAGUCAUCCAAAAAGGCUUCCAGGGAGUUUUCUAAAGAGGUAUCCUUGGAGGUAAUAAAGGAAACUUCUGUGGAGACAUCAGAAAAGGCUUCUGGAGGGGUUUCUGAAGAAGCAUCAAUGGAGGUUUCAGAGAAAGCUUCCAAAGAUCCAUCUAAAAAGGCUUCUGAAGAGCUUUCUGAAGAGGUAUCCAUGGAGGUAUCAGAAGAAGCUUCCAAGGACACAUCUGAGGCCACUUCAGAGCAGAAGUCUGAGGAGGUUUCAAAAGAGGUUUCUGAGGGAGCUUCCAAGGACACAUCUGAUGCCGCUUCUGCGGAGGUUUUGAAAGAGGUUUCUGAGGGAGCUUCCGACGAAACAUCUAAAGGAGUAUCAGAGGAAGAUUGCAACAAAACAACUAAAGGGGUAUCCGAGGAAGCUUCCGACGAAACAUCUAAUGGGGUAUCUGAGGUAGCUUCCGACGAAACAUCUAAAGGGGUAUCCGAGGAAGCUUUCGACGAAACAUCUAAAGGGGUGUCCGAGGAAGCUUCUGACGAAACAUCUAAGGAUAUAUCUGAGAAAGUUUCCGACGAGAUACUCGAGGAGGCUUCCAAUGAGGUCUCCAAAGACACGUCCAAGACAGAAGUGGACGUAGAUCGAGGAGACUAA